UGGUAAUGCUUUGUCAAUAAUGGUUCAUCUGAACAGCUCUUAAACCUACUAACACUUUCUUAAUGUAUAAUCAUCCCAAUGAUAAAUUCCCACUGUAACCCUUUGUCAACCUGAUAUCUUUGGAACUUUAAUUCUGAACUUUGGAGUGAUUUUUUUUAAAAAUGGUGUGAGCUGUGAGUUAUCUUUGACUUAACCCAGUAAUACCAAUACCAAUCAGUUUUUUUCCAGGUUAGUUAGAACAUAAUACCGCCAUAAAAUCUCACGCUCAGUUGGGAACUGAUCUGAAGAGUCGAUCCGUCUGCCCGGAAGAUGCAGUAUAAUUUGAUCAAACUGCACUGAUAGCUGCAGUCAAUAAAUAAAGUGAACUUUGGAAGUGUGAUAACUUUUGGAUCAUUAUUUCAAAUUAAUAUUUAUUUCCCUGUUGUUGGUGUAUAUAAGCUCUCUUCACGCCACGUCCUGCAGACACUGACACAUUUGAUUCUGUUCAAGCAGCAGUCCAGUUCAUCGCUGUAAACAAUGAGGCUUGUUUUUCUUCUCUGUGCUGCCUUCGCUCUGAGUGCUGCAGGUCCAGUAGAGGAGAUGAUGGACAUCCAGCAGAACAUCCAGCAGGGAACGUUUGAGAAGGUGGAGGCUGUGCCGGAGGUGGAGAAACAGGAAGAGAGCAAGAUGCCCGAUGAUGACAAGCAGAGCAGGCACAGCUGUCCUGCCAGUUGGUCCAAAUAUGGAUCCAGAUGUUUUACCUUCAUCCCCAGAGAGAUGCCCUGGAUAGAUGCAGAGAAAUAUUGUUUGCGUAACGGUGCCAACCUGGCCUCCAUCCACAACCCAGGAGAGUAUGGGUUCAUUCAGGAGAUGAUAAAAGGGAAAACAGGUCGUUACCCUCGAACCUGGAUCGGCGGCACCGAUGGAAUUAAGGACGGGACCUGGUUCUGGAGUGAUGGAUCAGGAUUUAAUUUCCAGAACUGGGGCAUAGGAGAGCCCAACAAUGCUGGUGGCCAAGAGAAGUGCCUUGAGAUGAACCGCUCAGAGGACCUCCUCUGGAACGAUCUGCCCUGUGAGUUAGAGCUCGCUUUUGUCUGCGGAACAAGACCAUAAAGUUCUGUUUAAAAGUAUUUUAGAAUCCUUAUUUCUGUGUCUUGACCUGCAAGUGUGCACAAACCCUGUGCCACACAAUACUGUUUAUGCACAGAAAGACACGUGAGUGCCUGGACAUCACUUAGAAAAAUAAAUCUAUGUUAGACCUCACAAAGUUUAGUGAAAC